GCAGUUGGUUACAGUUGUUGCAACUUUUUUCGAAAGCUCGGUUUCCCGGGAGAUCCCAGGCGGUGACAGAGCCCGGCAAUGGCGAGAGGAGAACGUAUUCGCCGGGCAGUCAAAGAUCUAUUCCUACAUGAGCCCAAACAAAUGCUCUGGAAUGCGUUCCCCCCUUCAGGAAGAGAACUCAGUUGCACAUCAUGAAGUCAAAUGCCAGGGGAAGCCAUUAGCUGGGAUCUACAGGAAACGAGAAGAGAAAAGAAAUGCUGGGAAUGCAAUACGAAGUGCUGUAAAGUCUGAGGAACAGAAACUCAAAGACGCCAGGAAAGGUCCCCUGGCCCCUUUUCCAAACCAAAAAUCUGAAGCAGCAGAACCUCCAAAAACUCCAACCUCGUCUUGUGAUUCUACCAAUGCAGCCAUCACCAAGCAAGCCCUGAAAAAGCCUCUCAAGGGCAAACAGGCACCUCGGAAAAGAGCUCAAGGGAAAACACAACAGAAUCGCAAACUCACAGACUUCUACCCGGUCCGGAGAAGUUCCCGGAAGAGCAAAGCCGAGCUACAGUCGGAAGAAAGGAAAAGAAUCGAUGAGUUGAUCGAGAGCGGGAAGGAGGAAGGCAUGAAGAUUGACCUCAUCGAUGGCAAAGGCAGGGGUGUGAUUGCCACCAAGCAGUUCUCUCGGGGUGACUUCGUGGUAGAGUACCAUGGGGACCUCAUUGAGAUCACUGAUGCCAGGAAGCGGGAGGCUCUGUACGCGCAAGACCCCUCCACGGGCUGCUACAUGUACUACUUUCAGUAUCUCAGCAAAACCUACUGCGUGGAUGCCACAAGGGAAACGAACCGCCUGGGCCGGCUGAUCAACCACAGCAAGUGCGGGAACUGCCAGACCAAGCUGCAUGACAUCGACGGCGUGCCGCACCUCAUCCUCAUCGCCUCCCGUGACAUCGCAGCCGGGGAGGAGCUGCUGUAUGACUACGGGGACCGCAGCAAGGCAUCCAUCGAGGCCUACCCGUGGCUGAAGCACUGACCGCCCGCCAGCCCACGCUCUUCAAGGACAAAGUGCCCUCAAAGGGAAAUGGGGUGUUUUUGUUUUUCUUUUUACACAAUUAAUCUUAGCAGAUUACUUCAGAUGUUUUUUUAAAAAAAAAAAAAAAAAAGUAUAUUAAGAUGCCUUUUCACUGUAGUAUUUAAAUAUCUGUUACAGGUUUCCAAGGUGGACUUGAACAGAUGGCCUUAUAUUACCAAAACUUUUAUAUCCUAGUUGAUUUUGUACCUUUUUUGCAUACAAGUCGAACGUUUGUGCUUCCGUGCA